AUGAAUCGUCUUCGUGAAAGCGUUCCGUUCAUCAAGAAACAGGCGCUCAAAGACGAGUAUGCCAAAAUUGAGGGCAGUGAGAGCGAAGAAGCUUUCCUUUACGAAGCCAACUCUGCAAGACAGCCGCAACGGCGCCUGUUCGCCUUGAUCUCAUCAUAUCUACUUGGGAUCUUGACCGUUGCGCUCGCGCUCGGUCUAUGGAAAUUCCUCUCUGCCAACAACCACAUGAGAUCCAACCGACCGUAUCCCGAGAUUCGUGAGGGCGCAGAUGAGAAGACGGGUCUUCCAUUGAGCUGGUCUCACGGCGACUGCGGCAACUCCCCAGCAGAUGCCCAAGCACUCGGCUGCCGAUACAGCAUCGUGCUACAUUCAUGGCUUCCUCAAGAUUGUCUCACAGAAGACGACGUGGAGGACGAAAAGCUCAUGUAUGAGGGCCGCGACUGGCCAUAUGAGAUUAACGGCAAGAAUCUGACGAUGGAGGAGCUUCAUCAGGGUGACUACGGCCAUUUCACUACGACGUUUGACUGGCAUGUCGUUCACUGCAUGUAUGUGUGGAAGAGGUUUCACAGGGUGGCUCUUGACGCCAACUUGAGGAUUGAUUCGUACACGGCGAAUUCCCACCAUACGAAUCAUUGUGUUCAGAUGAUUGGAGGGGAUCCGGGUGGCAUGAAGGACUCUGGGACGAAGAUUUUUGUCAAGUACCCCAUAUGUGCAUGA